AUGACGACAGACAUUCCAAUUAUUACAUCCAUAUUGGAUACUGACUUGUACAAGUUGACGAUGCAUGCUGCAGUUGUCAAGCAUUUCCCGAACAUACCCGUUGUAUAUAGAUAUACAAAUAGGACACCAUCGAUGGUAUUAAACAAAGAAGCAAUCGAUUGGUUAAAGUAUCAAAUUUCCAAGCUAAGUGACUUAAGGGUCAGUUCAGAAGAACUUGAAUAUUUGCGGAAAGCAUUGCCACAAAUGCCGGAGGUUUACUUGAAAUAUUUGGAAACUUUCCAGCUCUUUCCCGACAAACAAAUCAAAUACUUCAAUGACGAGAGCAAUUUUGAAGAAUUUGAAAUUGAAAUGAAAGGCAAAUGGGAUGAAACCAUGUUAUAUGAAAUCCCUUUGUUGGCGUUAAUAUCAGAAGCUUAUUUUAAAUUUGUUGAUACUGAUUGGAACUACGAUGGUCAAGCAGAACGUGCCGAAGACAAAUGUGCACAAUUAUUUAAGAACGAAUGCACUUUUAGUGAAUUUGGAACUAGACGGAGGAGAUCAUUCAAGACGCAAGAUCUAGUAGUGAAGAAUUUAUGUGAUUUUGCUGGAAAGAAUCCAGAUAAGAAGCACUUUUUAGGAACAUCAAAUGUAUUAUUGGCAAAAAAAUACAAUACAACACCUAUAGGAACAGUUGCACACGAAUGGUUUAUGGGUAUUGCCUCGAUUACGCAGGACUAUACAAAUGCUAAUAAACUUGCCAUGGACUACUGGUUAGAUACAUUUGGUCCUGAACAUGCUGGUUUGGCUUUAACAGAUACAUUUGGAACAGAUGCGUACUUAAAAGUAUUUACCAAGCCUUACACUGAUUAUUAUACUGGCGUAAGACAAGAUUCAGGCGAUCCUGAACUGUUCGCUGAAAAAUUAGCAGAUCAUUACAAGAAGCAAGGGUAUCCGGAUUUUAGUAAAAUAAUAUGCUUUAGCGAUUCCUUAAACGUUGAGAAGUGUUUAAAAUAUAAACAAAAAGUUAAUAGUUUGGGAUUGAUCGCUUCUUUUGGUAUUGGAACGUUUUUCACAAAUGACUUUGCGUCUGUGUCUGAUCCCUCUACUAAGUCUGUUCCGCUUAAUAUUGUCAUUAAAUUGAAAGAAGCCAACGGUAACCCUUCGAUCAAAAUUAGCGAUAAUCUUGGUAAAAAUAUGGGUGAUCCGGCAGUAGUCUCGAGAGUGAAAAAAGAACUCAAUUAUGAAGAACAUUCUUGGGCUGAGGGAGAUGAAGAGAAGAGAUGGGAUUAG